CUACAGCCCUAAGGAAUCUCGCGAGAACCGCGUUAUACUUGGUGUGGAAUCUCGCGAGAGUUGGAUUGCACUUGGAAAGGAAUCACCGAAAGAUGGCGGCUCCGCCUGAUGAGGGGAGUUUGGAGUCUCGCAUCAACAAAGCGACCAACCCUUUAAACAGAGAGACGGACUGGGACAGCAUUAAGGCUUUCUGUGAACAGCUGAGCAAUGAACCUGAAGGUCCGCAGCUGGCCACCAGGCUUUUGGCCCACAAGAUCCAGUCGCCGCAGGAAUGGGAAGCCAUGCAGGCCCUCACGGUUCUGGAGACAUGCAUGAAGAACUGUGGGAAGAGGUUCCAUAACGAAGUGGGGAAGUUCCGCUUUCUCAAUGAGCUCAUCAAGGUGGUUUCUCCAAAGUACCUGGGCUCUCGAGCGCCAGAACCCGUGAAGAAGAAGGUGCUUGAAAUGAUGUACAGUUGGACUGUGGGGUUUCCUGAAGAGACCAAAAUAUCUGACGCCUAUCAGAUGCUGAAGAAACAAGGUAUUGUGAAACAGGACCCCGCUCUUCCGGAUGAUAAGCCACUCCCUCCUCCCCCUCCUAGACCCAAGAACGCCAUCUUUGAGGAUGAAGAGAAGUCAAAGAUGCUGUCACGCUUGCUCAACAGCACUCACCCGGAGGACCUGAGAGCAGCAAACAAACUUAUUAAGGAAAUGGUUCAGGAGGAUCAGAAGCGCAUGGAGAAGGUGUCAAAGAGAGUAAACGCUAUUCAGGAAGUGAAGGAGAGUGUCAAGCUGCUCACACAGCUACUGGCAGACUACAGCAAAGACACCAGCUCGCAUGACAAUGAGGAGCUAAUCAAGGAUUUGUACCAGCGCUGUGAGAAGAUGAGGCCCACACUAUUCAGAUUGGCCAGUGACACAGAAGACAAUGAUGAAGCUCUAGCGGAGAUCCUGCAGGCCAAUGACAGUCUGACGCAGGUGAUUAACCUCUAUAGGCAGCUUGUGAAGGGAGAGGAGGUGAAUGGAGACAGCAGCACUACGCCAACACUUAAGGGGAACAGCACAGCCCUGUUGGACCUCACUGGACUGGACACGUCACCUUCAGCUCCCACUUUCCCAGAAUUCCCUUCUCAGCCCACACCAUCACAUGAGCUGGGCAUCAGCCUGCUGGAUGAUGAACUCAUGUCUUUGGGGCUAACUGACAACACUCCUAGUUCUACUCUGGCUUCCUCCCAGUCUGGUGAUGCCUCCACAUGGAACUCAUUUCAGAUUUCAGACACUGUAGACACACCCAUACCCCCAGUACCAGCUGCAGUGCUGUUGCCAUCAGUUACCACCCCCCAGGCCCCUGUUAGCGCCCCCACCACUUCUGUCAAGGCCCUGGAUGAACUGGACGUGCUGGGGAAGACUCUGCUACAGCAAUCGCUCCCCCCUGAGAGCCUGCAGGUCAAAUGGGACAAACUUCAGCCUCAGUCCAAGCCCACCCUGCGAGAUCUCCAGAGCAAGUUGAACACAACCCCAGUUGCAAGCCCAAGUCCUAUCCUAGCGUUUCCCUCUGAGCCUGCUAAUCUCCUGAACUCGCAGCACAGCACCGAGGCUCCUGCACUGAGCAUUGGCGCUGCUUCCACUCCUCAGGAUGAGAUCUCUCUGGCCAGUGUCAUUGUGCCCCUGGAAUCCAUCAAGCCUAGUAGCAUGUUGCCUGUGACGAUCUUCGACAAACACAGCUUGCGUGUCCUGUUGCACUUUGCAUGCGAGUGUCCUCCGUCUCGGCCCGACGUUCUGGUGGUCAUCAUCUCCAUGCUGUCGUCUGCUCCCAUGCCUGUCACGAAUAUCCGCUUCCAGGCCGCUGUCCCUAAGACGAUGAGAGUGAAACUGCAGCCGCCCUCUGGAUCAGACCUGCCAGCCUUCAACCCCAUACUCCCACCUGCUUCGAUUACACAAGUCCUGCUACUGGCCAACCCUCAAAAGGAAAAGGUUCGGUUGCGAUACAAGCUGACAUUCGAUUUAGCCGACGAGUCCUAUGAUGAGAGUGGAGACAUUGAACAGUUCCCACCUCCAGAGUCCUGGGGGAACCUUUAGGUGGACACACUGACUUCCUGCUGCUUUAGCCCUCUGCUUCCUGUUGGUCUUGCCCAGUGGGAACAGCUCUUGCAAAUCCAUGGUUCAUUUCUGAUCCAAAGAAAAUUGAGCCCCUCCUCACUUUCCUGAAUAUUUGAUGUCGGUACGAAGUUACAGCAGCGUAAUACUCAUGACAUUUUAAAUCAAAAGCUAAACAAAGGUAGUAAUUUGAAUAGAAGCAUGUGUGAAUGACCACUGUGAGUGGUAGAGGUUAGGUGUAGUGACGGAGGGUCUCAUUUUUUUCAAACUGGAGUCAGACUUAAGUCAAAAGGAUCUGCCUUGGAACCCUAUGCUCUCCUUUUCACCUUGCUUUCCUUCUGUCUCAUUGUCUUUGAUUCGAACAGUUUUAAUCUCCAUCUUCAUCUUAACGCUCAUCUUCCUCUGCUGCCUCUCUGGCUUUGUCCUGUUUUGUGAACCUGUUGAUGCAAUAUCAGCCUUCCUGAAAAGGGAGGCGUGUAUACAUGCUCGUCACUCAUAAAUACUACAUCGUGCUGUCUGUAGCAGAGAGAACUGUGCGUGUGUGUGUGCGAGCGUAUUUUAUGAUUCACAGAGCGGAUCUGUGUGAGAGUUUGAAUAAUGGUGAAGUGGAUUUUGUUUCUAAGCUGUGAUGUGUUUGUUGAUCCUCUAUGAUGGAAGUCCAGUCUCUCCCUCUUUGCCUUUGGUCUGAUGAGCACUGUAUCCUUGUCACAUCUAGAGUUAGGAUAAGAGCUGCAUUUGAUUUCUCUCUACAUAUCGGUGUUGAUUCUGGUCAUUUACUUUUUUUUUUUUUUUUUUUUUUUUUUUUUUUUAAAUACCAAAGUUGCACAUUUUCUUUUUUUAAUCAGCAUUGAUAUGUCAGCUUGUAUCAUUUGAUGACUGACCAAAUCUGACAUCAACAGGAAAUCUUUGCACAGUUUCAAUCCAUUUACUUAAAACUCGAGGAUGCAGCAGUUUUUGGGCCAAUAAUCUUUUACACUAAACUAUUUGAUCAGCUCGAGGUAAACUGUUUGUAAAUUAAAGCCCCAAAUCCAUAUUGUUUUGUCCGUUCAGAGGUGGAACUUUUUUCUGGGUGAAGAUUUUGUGGUAACAUUUACCAACUUGGUCAACACAAGUGCCCUGGUUUCUACCUGAUGGCAAAUACACAAGACAAAUCCUACAUAAAUUGAAUUAAAUGCUGUAUCCCUCCCAUGUUGGAUAGUUGAAUAAGGGCACCGAGGUUCAGUUAAAACAGACUAAAUGCUGCAUAUAUGAAAGCACCAUAGAACAACUUCCUGAGACAGACAAGAGAGAAAGGUUGCAGUUUUAAAUUCACAUACAAAAGUCACCUAAAUGGUUAUUACUUUCAAAGACUGCCCUUCUACUUCCACUUCCAUAACUGAGUUCUGAGCAAAUCAUUUUUUUUAUAUAUGCUUUUCAUUCAUUUCCCCUGUAUUGAGAACGGUUUGGGGUACAUACACUAGAAAUGCAGCUGACAGAGAUCAGGUUAAAACACUGGCCUAUAAAGGAUAAGAUCUGGUGUAUAUCAUUGAAAAAUCCCCCCUCCUUAAUAAGUGAGUGCUCCAACCUGCUGUUUUGCCCUUUUCAGACUGAAUUCAUUUCGACAUUGAUGCUGAAGUCUUGUUUAAAUUGACCGUAUGUGCCUAAUCUAAUGUUUUACAUUCAUCCUGUACUUCUCCUUUCUUAAAUGCUGAUCUGUACAUACAUAUUUGCAUUUCUGUUUGUCUGUGUUUGUUUUGGCUCCAGAGUUUGGCAGUAGCUAUUAACACUGUUUUAUGUAGGUUUUCUUAUUUUGAUGAAAUGAUUUGAAAUGCUGAUAUGGGUUUAGUUUUACAUGGCAAUGAUGAUACAACCAUCUAUUUAUUUUGUCUUUGUAACUUCUAAGUGAAAUAUUCUAACCUAAAACAGUGUUUUCCCCAAAUACAGCACAUGGAGUGAUGGAGAAGUAAUUGUGCCUCUGAUAAGAUGAAAUGAACGGGAAUCAUAAAAAAAAAAUCUGAAGAAAAUUUGUUACAUUGACAGAUUUGUCUGGUUGUGAAAGGGCAGGAGAAACGCUGCAAGUUUAAUGUCAUGUUUCAGCCACCCUGUUACGGUCCAGGUUACACAUCCAGCCUGAAGUCACACUCGCCACCCAGUUUUCUUCCUGAGUCUGACUGUAAAUAGUAUACGUAUUGCAAUUAUGUACAUUUGCCAAAAAUGAAAAACUACAGAGAACGAAUAAUAAGUAUGGAAGAGAACAGAGAAUGUAGUGCAAAUAUGUAUUUAAGGGAAAUAAAGUUAUUCUUUUU